AUGGUGAAAUACACGGUGACAGUAACUACUGGAGAUAAGGUGUGGCAUGGCACAUUUGACCACAUCUUCAUCACCCUCUAUGGAACGGAGGGAAAGAGUGAGCGCAAGAAACUCAAUGAAGCACCGGAGAUGAGCAAUGGUGUGGAAAAGGAGUACACUGUGGAGUGCCCUGCCAAGCUGGGUAAGGUGAUCUUGAUUAGCUUGGACAAGGAGCAGUAUCUCUUUUUGCCAGAUCAAGACUGGUACUGUCUAACGGUGAAAGUGCAUACGCCUGAAAACGAAACACUACAUUUCCCAUGCUACUCAUGGGUCAAGGAAAGACAGAUCUUACAUGUUCGAGAGGGGAAAGGUAAGUUAUAUCGUAUUGUACUGUGGAAAGAGCUGAUGGAGGGUCUCCCCCACUGCUUGGCAUUAGAGGACCCGAAGGCGCUCCCUGCUGAGUUCCGCUACUCCCUUGACAAGCGUCUGGACUUGGAGUUCACCACUAGGAUCACGAUGGCUGAACUCAAGAUGAAAUUCCUGGCCACCAGCAAGAAGCCGUGGGGCAAACUGGAUGAUAUAAAACAGGUCUUCUGGUUCUACAAGACCCAACUAUUUGACUAUGUGACCCAGCACUGGAAAGACGAUGAGUUCUUCGGGUUCCAGCUUCUCAAUGGUGCCAAUCCAAUGAUGAUCCAAUGCUGCAAGGUGCUUCCAAAAAAGUUUGCAGUCACUGAGGAGAUGGUGACACCAUUUUUGGAAGAUAAGCUGCCAGUGGAAAUACAGAGUGGCAAUAUCUUCCUUUGUGACUAUUCCCGACUGGCUGAGGUGCCCCCAAAUGUCAUCAACAUGCGACUUCAGUACGUCCCAGCACCCUUCUGCCUGCUGUUCAAAAAUAAGCUGAACAGGCUGUUACCUAUCGCCAUCCAGCUCCAGCAGGAGCCUGGUGAAAAAAACCCGGUGUUCCUGCCCAAUGAUGAAGAGGCCUGGCUACUGGCCAAGACGCAUGUUCGGGCUGCUGACUUCAUCGAGCACCAGUUCAACUUCCAUUUGCUACGCACACACCUUCUGGCAGAGGCCUACAUCCUCGCAAUGCUCCGUAAUCUGCCCUCAGCUCACCCCAUCUACAAGCUGCUGAUUCCACACAUGCGUUUCACACUCUAUGCCAACACUCUUGGCCGAGAGAAACUAAUCUCUGAGAAGGGAGCCAUCAGUAUGUACACAUCCACAGGUAGCACUGGCAUGGUGGAGGUGAUGAGGAGAGCCAUGCAUGCUCUGAAGUACAGCUCCCUCUGUCUGCCAGACGACAUCAUUGAACGCGGCCUGGACAAGGUGCCCAAGUACUACUACCGAGACGAUGGUCUGCUGGUGUGGGGUGCCCUCAGCAAGUAUGUGGAGGCCGUUAUAGCUGUGUUCUACCCUUCUGACAUGGACGUUCUAGUAGAUGAGGAACUGCAGCACUGGAUCUCAGACAUCUACAAACAUGGCUUCCUGGAGAAGGCCAGCACUGGUAUCCCCAAUUCUUUCAAAUCAACCAAAGAGGUCACCAAGUUUAUCACUAUGGUGAUCUUUACCAUGACGGCACAACACUCUGCUCUGAACAAUGGAAAUUUUGAUUUUGGGGGCUGGCUUCCCAACAGUCCAAACUCACUGCAGUCUGGAGCGCCGCAAAGCAAAGAUGAUAUCACAGAAGCCGACCUCCUGAACACACUCCCCGACAUCAACACCUCUGUCUGGGGCAUGGCCGGUGCCUGGAUCACCAGCAAGAAGGGUGCAGACUUUGUGUCUCUGGGCCAACACUCUGAGAAGUACUUCUCUGAGCCGGAGGUGCUCUCCCUGACUGACAAACUGAAGGAGGAGCUGAAGGAGAUCAGUGAGAAGAUAAAGGAGAGAAACAAAGAGAAAAAGCGGCCCUACACCUACCUGGACCCAGAAAAAAUAGAAAACAGCAUUACCAUUUAACACACACACAGACACACACACACACACACACACACACUAAUACUUUUUCACUCACACACACAUUUUCUAUAUAUUUGCACCCUCUGUUGUUUUGGCAACUGCAUUGUUGACACCUUUUCUGGUUGUCUGACUUUGGUGUGUAGCCAUGCUGUGAUGUUGUCAGGGAAGACGUAGAUAGUUCUUCUAUGAGUUGAAGAAGCAGAAAGACAGAAAUGCUCGCCAGUCUCUUUUUCCACUCCUCCAAACAUUUUGAUUAAGUGCAGUUCAACAAACUACCACUAGAUGGUACAAGGUCAACAGGAAACUAAACAGUAACAGUGCAGAUGUUACCAUUUGCAUUGUUCCUGCUCUAUUUACAGUGAAGUACUUGAUUAUCAUCAUCAAUGAAUUUAAUCACCCAAAGUGGGGAGGCAGGCAGAUUUGCAUCCAGUUUAUUUUCCACACGACAUUCUUAUAUCAGAAUACACAGACGUCAGAUUUAAUUAAGUUGCACAGUUCUUUAAGCUGGCCUAAUAAGUCAAGUGCCUCGGAAUCUGGUUUUGUGAUAGUUCUUUGCCUGUGCCUUUUCUUUUUUUUUUGUGAUGUUAAUCUGUAAAAUGUUGAAUGGGAUUAGAAGAUGGGAAUUAUUUGGCUUUUGACCUGGUCUUCAUGCCAUUCCUUUGUCACAUGACUAGAGAGAACCCUGUACUCAGUUUAAGAGAGAUUAAAAAAAAGAAUAUUAACAUAUGUUUUGAAUAACAAGUGGACAAUGAGGUAUCAUUGUCUGUGAGAUCACUCACUCACACACACAUAUACCAAUGCACACAAGCACUGCAGCUUUGACACUAAUGAACUCUCAACAUGAAUCAGUCCUAUUUGGAGCCCACUAGGACUGGAUGGACUCUAAAGUUAUACCACCACAGUGAUAA